CUUGGAACAACCUGUUGGGAAUCGGACGACGGCAGGCAGGAUCGACAGAUGGGAGGAGUCGCCGGGUCGCUCUUCAUGCUGUGGGUGCGCAGUGGCUUCUCGUCAGCCACGGUCGCAUCUGCGUUGACAUUCUUCCCACCAUCGCCGACGUAUGGCCUCGUAAAGCAGGCGGACGGGGCCACUGCGGUCGAUCAUUAUAUCGACGCCAAUGUCCCAUUUUCGUCGACGGCCUCUUUGGCCGUGGUUCGCACCAAACGCGGACAGGAAAUCCCUUGCUUUGUCUUUCGCCAUCCCGAAGCCACAUUUACGAUGAUUUACAGUCAUGGUAACGCCACGGAUUGUGGAGGCAUGUUCCUGCGAUACCUUUCUCUAUCUCGAGAGUUGAAGGUGAACGUUGUUGGCUACGACUACACUGGGUAUGGUGGCGCGUCAGGAUCGCCAUCUGAAGCCGACACGUACGCCGACAUUACAGCAAUAUACGACCAUGUUGUUGCUCAUAUCUGCACGUCGUCGGACCCAGCCAAAGAGAUUAUCCUGUACGGCCAGAGCGGUAUGCUUCCAUGCAAUAUUCCACAUCAAUGUACGGCCAUGAUGAGUUCGUUCGGCAGUGGGCAGCGGCCCCAGCAUCUACUUGGCAACAGAGCGUCCUGUUCGAGGACUGAUUGUCCACAGCGGGCUUCUCAGUGGGAUGCGCGUGCUCACUUCCAAUCGGUGCCUGGCUUGCUUAGACAUCUACCCCAACGUUGACCGCAUUCAAAACGUGACGUGCCGAACUCUCAUCAUCCACGGCGUCGACGACAUGGAGAUUCCGAUCGCGCAUGGCCACGGCCUCCAUCAAGCGCUGCCCGUGGCGUCGCAGGCAGAACCGUACUGGGUUCCCGAUCGUGGCCACAAUGACAUCGGGGAGACGGCGACAUGUCGACCUGGUUACGUCCAGCACCUGGCCGCGUUCCUCAAGACUCUUUAAUGCAACACACACGCCAUUAAGUUAGUUAUUCUGAAAACCGUUCCGUGAACGGGUUGGGAAAUUCGACGCUGCACGUCGACUCCAAGCUGUGCCGAUUGAGCAAUGGAUUUCGCGAGGGCUUGAACUGUCCCGCGUCGUCGUCUUCGUCUUCGUCGUCCACGGGGCGAUGGCGAAGGGCGAGCUCGAGUUCCGCGAGCCUUGUCAUCGUUUGAGUCAACAGCAGCAUCGCUUGGUUGUGCUGCCGCUCUUGCUCGAGCACUCGCGCCUCCAGGAGUCCAUUGCGCAGCUCCAGCGCUUUCACGACCUGCACUAAGUGCCGGUCGUCCACCUCCACACUGCAGAUGCUCGUGUCUGUGCUGGACAGCGUCGGCCGUUCGCCAAAUGAUCGAGGACUGGAUGCCGAUGGUGGAGGUGGAACGACUACACUUUUUGGUCGAGAUGGCGUGGCAUCUUCGACUUGGUUGUUUGCACUGUGCUGGCAUGGCGUGGAUGACGGGUCCGAGGCCAGCUUCGGUCGUCGAAGAGAUACUGCUGGCGGGGUGGGGGUGGUGGCUUUUCCUGGGGCUGCACAUGAGUGAUUUGUGGAUGGAUGUCGGGACUGGAUCAUGCAUUCAGCGCACACACGCUGCUUUUUGUCUGUCUGAGCCGCGACGCGGAGUUUGCCGGCGACGUGGGCCUUGCACAACGGCACGUGGCACAUGGCACACAUGUACCGCUUUCGAAACAUGGUGAACGGCUUGUCGCAAACCCCGCACGCCGUUGCAUCGUCUCCAAGAUGCCGAGACGUCGUAGAUGUCGAUGUCGUUUCCUCGCCGUCGUCAUCCUCAUUGUCGUCAUCGACCUCUUGAAUUCGCAUAGGAUCCUCCUGGUCCGCGCUGUCGCCAAACGACGGCUCAAAAUGCAUCGUGAAGAGCAUGCUGUCGCGAAGGCUCUCGCGCAUAACUUGGGACUGGCGAUACAAGUCGCGCAUGGUUGCCUCGUACGCUGGGUCUGACUCUUCGUUCUCAUUUUCGUCCUCGCAUGCCUCGGGGUGGGCAAAUCUGUACUUUUCGUCGGCCUUCUGCAGUAUGCGGAUGCAAUCACGGUCGAGACCACUCAUCGUUGCCAUCGCAAGUGCGCGUAAGCCGUCUGGCAUCUUGACCCAAAUGCUAUCUGGACACAUGGAGCACAGCAUGGACAGAACCUCCGAUCGAGCGUUCGCUCGUAUCGCGACGUGAAGAGGAAGGAGCUGGGAGUCGUUACGGGUCAUGCCACCCUCGGGGAAUGCGAGCAGGAGCGCCCGAAUUGCAUCCAACGGGAUAUUAUGUUCCGUGCAUGCCCAAUGCAACGGAAGCAUGCCAUACGGGUCGCGCUGUUCAGCAAGUUCUGGAGAUCGCGGGAGUCGCUUGAUGAGUUCACUCCAUUGGCCUUCCUCUGCUAAGCGAAUGCCGUCCUUGGUCGACCUCGCGGAGCGCAUCACUUGUCAACAACUUUCCAGCAGAAGUGGCACCGGCG